GCUAUAAUGCAAUUUAACUUUUAUAUGUGAAGGGACUUCAUGGAUCUUUUGCUGUCCCCAGCUUCCAAGGUUUUGAACAACUGGUUUGAGUCAGAUGUGCUCAAGGCAACUCUCGCAACUGAUGCUGUGAUUGGAUCUACGGCCAGCGUUCAUACUCCUGGAAGUGGAUAUGUCCUACUGCAUCAUGUGAUGGGAGAAACGGAUGGAGAUCGAGGAAUCUGGUCGUAUGUAUCUGGGAUGUUGAACUGACAAAUGUGAAUGUACAAAUUGGUUGGCAAUCCUAUUACUGUGUGUGUAUCAUUCUCUAGGUUAUUGGUUAGAGCAUAUGCUUAAUGAGAUUAGAUGUUCAAAUGAAGAUUACAUUGACGACAUUGUCAUUUCUGUGUCGAUAGGUAUAUGGUGAACUUCAAAUGUAAAGCUUGGCUAUCCUGAGUGCUUUAUGUGGAUUAUUUUUGCAGCUAUGUGGAGGGCGGGAUGGGUUCAGUGUCCAUGGCUAUAGGCAAUGCCGCUAGGGAAGCUGGGGCUGAAAUUUUUACAAAUGCAUCGGUUUCUAAAGUUCUGAUAGAAGAUUCUGGCAAUGUGAAAGGGGUUUUGCUUGCUGAUGGUACACGGGUGGAUGCAUCAGUUGUCUUGUCCAAUGCUACUCCUUAUAGAACUUUCAUGGAGCUGGUUCCUAACAAUGCUCUCCCGAAUGACUUUGUCCGGGCUAUUAAGCAUUCAGAUUACAGCUCAGCAACGACCAAAAUAAACUUGGCAGUUGAUAAAAUUCCGCUGUUUCGGUGCUGCAAUACAGAUCACUCAGGACCAGGUCCAGAGCAUUUUGGCACUAUACACAUCGGGGGAAAGAGAUUUUCAGAGGUGGAAUGAUUAAGGGCACGUUGCGAAUGAUGGAUCCUGCAUCUGCUGCUGGUCCACGUUUUCGCAUUUCGACCACCACCGGAAUUUUGUCAGCCAGCCCCAUCGAAUUCUGCUUUGACCCUUUCUCCACCCACCUCCUC